AUGGCCACCCCCAACCCCGACCCGCCCUCAACAGGCCCCAGCCUUCAUCCCCUCUCGAGGCCGAACGCCGAACUCAUGAACACGCAUCCUUCCUCUCUUUGUGUCGACGGCGACACCGCCCCCGUCGUCUGGUUCCGCCAGACCAUCCGCAACGCCUGCGGCCUCAUGGGCCUUCUGCACGCCGUGGCCAACGGGCCAGCGCGGGACUACAUCGAGGCUUCCUCCGACCUCGACACCCUCCUCCAGCAAGCCCUGCCCCUGCACCCCGCCGAGCGCGCCGCGCUGCUGGAGCAGAGCACGGCGCUCGCCAACGCGCACCGCAGCGCCGCGUCACAGGGCGACACGUCGGCGCCCGAGGCCACGGAUGACGUUGAUUUGCACUACGUCUGCUUCGUCAAGACGACCGACGGGGCAUUCUGGGAGCUCGACGGACGGAGAAAGGGCCCGUUGCAGCGGGGCCAACUCGAGGAGAGCGAGGACGUCUUGAGCACCAAGGCGCUGACGCUGGGCCCGCUCAAGUUCCUCGAGCGGGAGGGAGCUGAUUUGCGGUUCAGUGCCGUUGCUCUGGCGGGGGCUACUGAUUAG